AUGCCUCCACAAUCGUUAUCUACAAAGAAUAACACUGACGAUAACAAUACUAAUAUUGAAGAUAAUAAUAGUAAUAAUGACACUGAAAAUAAUAAUAAUGAUGACGAACAGCAUUUUAUAGUGGAGACAGAAACUGUUGAAGCACCAGUAGUGAGCACGCUAUUAAAUAAUAAUGUUUCGAUCAUUCCAAUAGAAUCAUCAUCAUCAAAUGUAUUGAAAAAGGAUAAUAAUAAAAAUAUGCCUCAUCAUCAACAACAACCAUUGACAGAAGAAAAGGAUGAAAUAUUACAUCCGUAUACACAUACUCUGUUACCUAUUGGUGAUCGAACAACUGAUAAUAUCGAUGGGUUGUCCGUAGAUGGCAGUAUUAUUAAAGAACCACCUUUAAAUCACGUUACAAUGUUACCGGAUAGUAAAAUGAUACCGAAGGAUUUAAAUACAAAUUCAAAUAUAAGCUUGAAUUUGAUUGACAAUAAUCCUUUAUCAUCACACAAUCAAAAUCAAUCAUCAUUACCUUUGAAAAAUAAAAAAAGUUCACUUUUAAUUGAUUCAAAUUUAAUUAUAAAUAACACCGAUAAUAACAAUUCGUCCAUUACUAAUGUUGCUACAGAUAAUAAUCUUAUUGGCACCAUCAUAAACGAAACAGGGAAUUCACCAUUAUCUAAUGAUAACGAGAUUACUACAAAUACAACAACAACAACAACAAGCACUACUUCUACCUCUAAUUCUCCACAACCACUUUCUUUAGUAAAUGGUUCAAAUAGAUUACAAUCUGCAACUUCAAUCAAGAAAAUAAUAAAUUCAAAUACUCCAAAUAAUACCGUCACAAUUGGAAACGCACCUUUACCUGUGGCUAGUAAUAAUAUGAUUAAAGAAUUACCUUUGGAUAGUAAGAGAACUACAAAAAACUUUGAGAGACCACCAAUGCAUUCAAUGAAUUCAAGAGAUGUAUUAAUGACAGAAAAGAAAACCAAUCCUUUAGUAAUGUCAAAUAAUAACAGCACGAAUAAUAAUAAUAACAACAACAACAACAACAUUAACAAUGUUAUGACAACUGCUACCCAUAAUAAUAGUGAUGAUAUAAGCAUAGCUAACGAUAUUAAGAUAACGAAGGGUAAUAAACUUACAUCUGAAACAUCGAGGGACAAUAAUAACAAUAACAUCAAUUCUAAUGUUAUCAAUGGCCCAUUAACAACCAAUACUGACACAGAUAAUAUAUUUACCAAAAAACCUACUCCUAGUGAUAUACAUAAAAUUAAUGAAAACAAAUUAAAUCGUGGUGUUCAUCCUAUGAUAAACAAAAGUACAGACAAUCUGACUCAUCAUAAUGCACUCUCUACUGAUGAUCUACAUUCUCAACUCGAUGAUUCUAGUCAGAAACCAACAAAGACAGAUUUUUUCGCUGCAAGGUUAGCGUCUGCAGUUGGUGAAAAUGAAGUUAGUGAUUCAGAAGAAACAUUCGUAUAUGAAUCUGCUGCAAAUUCUACAAAGAAUAGAAUAUAUCCUAGUUCAAGUAAUCACGUUCCACAGGCAAGUACAACAGCUAACAAUACGCAACAUCCUUCUGUUAAUGGAAGUGCCGAUAUACAUUCUAUGACUGGAGAUGUUUCAGAACCACAACAUGGUGUUAUUCCAAAGAUGAGUGCUCCACUCCUGAAUAGUAAUAAAAAAUUAAUGGCAAGGCUGAAGAACCCAAGGCAUAUCAGUACAAGUGGAAUUCCUUUAUCAACUGCCGGACCAAAUAAUAUUAGUGCUACUGGCAGUCACAUUCCAACUAAUUAUCACCAAAAUCCACAUUCACAUUUGAAUGGCUAUUCACAUCCAUCUGUAUCACAUCUUCCUCCAAUAUCCACUACAGUAGGUUCUAACCCAAACACCAUAAACAAUUCCGAUAAGAUCAUAGGUUCUCCUGUAACAAAUCUAAAUCCGAAUUAUUCAGGAACCACACCUACUAAAAUGAACGGUAGUCCCAAUGUCAAUAAUCAAUCCAAUAGUACACAUACACCAGGAGAAGAAUUAUCAAUAGUACGAUCAUUUAAUAAAACAAACAGAAGCCAUCCACAGGAUAUGCGUCCUAUGAGACCAUAUAUUCUAGAUCAUCCGAAAUCACCAAACAAGAGAUCAAGUAUUGCUUCGUUAACUAAAUCUAGUAUAAGUCAACAAAGUGCUUCGUAUUUUCCACCGCAACAGUUACCACCACAAAAUACCACUUCUAAUGGAAUAGGGCAACGAGCAAUCCCAAAUAGUAUCACUACAUCUUUGAGACAAAUGGCACCAAGUUCAUUACAACAUAACAAUAGCAUCAACAGUAGCUCAGGAAUGAAUUCUGAAAAUAAGAAAGGAUUAAGGACAACUGUAUCAAAGAUAUUUGAUACAAACGAAACUCCUUUAAGAAUUUAUUCUGGUGUUCCUGAUAAUGUGAAUCUUGAGGAUUUUAUUGAUCAAUCUGAUAAUAUGGGAAGUAUUGGAAACGGAAACGGCAAUAAUAUUAGUAAUAAUAACAAUACAAAUAUUCCAAUGGUGAAUAAUCACAAUAGCAUCUCCGGAAGUAUGCAUAAUCAUUCAUUAAAUGGUCUGAAUAAUCAAAAUAGUGUAAAGAUAAACAACUAUAUGAAUUCUAAUGAUGGAAAGAGAGUAAUGAGAAAUAGUAUAAAUGGAUAUCAACAGUGCGACAACAACAACAACAACAACAACAAAAAUAAUAACGGAAAUAAUAGUAACAAUGGUCCAUAUUAUAAUGAACGCCAUGGUGAUAACGAGAAUCAUAAUGGAUAUCAAAAUUAUGGUAGCAUAAACAAUAACAAGGGCGACUAUAUAUAUAAGGAAGCACUACCAAUCAGAGAAGAAGAUGAAGCCGAGUACAGUAGUUACAGGAACUCCCAUGCUAACAAUAGUAAUGGAGGCAUCCCCAAUGAGCUAGGAAAUUAUUCAAAGGAUUACUCCACCCGAAGUAAUAACGACAACAGUAAUCAUAUCCGUAAUACAACUGAAAAUGAUGAUCUACAAUCCAUGUUUUAUUAUAAUCAUCGUGCCAACCUUGAAGCUCGUCCUGAAAUCUCUGAUUAUGAGGACGACGAAGAUGAUGAUGUUGGUGAGGACGAAGGAGGCAACAGAAGCUUUUUCGCAAGACAUAAUUUCUUACCCUCACAAAUGCAUUUUACUGGGAAUCGACACCCAUCUUAUUCGUUUAGCAAACAACCCCCAGUGCAAGGAACGUUUUAUGAUUAUACAAUGUCGCCAACUCAACAACAAAUGGGACAUACUAAUGAAUAUACUGCAUUGCGUGGCGGACCAGAUCAACUUGCACCCGCUAUGACGACAAGAAGAAAAUACUCUAGAAGUAAUAAUGGCUAUUCUCCACACGAUUUCUACGGAAAGAAAUCUACAUGGUCCAAACUGAAAUCUGCAUUUUAUUUCUCCUUUGUAAUGACUGUUUUAGUGACUAUUGGAUUUAUAUUUGGUUUCAUUAUUGCUACAAAUAAAGAAUUACAAGAUUUUAAUGUCGUUCUUGUAGAUAAUGUUAUUUCUACUACUGAUGAAUUAUUAUUUGAUAUUACCGCAUCUGCAUUUAACCCUGGUUUUUUUUCAAUUUCAAUAUUUGAUUCAGAUCUUGAUAUUUUUGCGAAGAGUGACCAUAUUCCUAAUGAUGAUGAUGACAACGGAGGAGAUGGUAAUGAAUCUGACCCAUUUAAAGAUCGUAAUGAGGACUCUACGGAGACUAUUUUCCUUGGUACUGUUAGUAAAUUAGAUCCUGAAUUAAAAUUCAGUGGUGGAUUUUUCAAUAGGAAAUAUGAUGUAUCAAUGACGAGUUUAAAGAUAAAGAAUCCCGCCAAAAACGAGGAUAAAUCGGGUAGGGAUAACACUAGAAGUUCCAACCAACAAGAGGAUCCAGAUGGGUCCGAAAAAUGGGAAGAGAUUAUAAAAUAUAAUUAUGAUCUUAUCAUACGUGGGAAUUUGCGUUAUAAAAUUCCAUUUUUCAAUAAUGAUAGAUCGAUUGCAGUUCAAAGGACAGCUAACGUUCCAAAGGGAGACAAAGACAAAAAAAUGUUAACAUUUUAA